AUGCAGGCCUGGGGUGGGGUCGAGUCCUUUGAUCUCACUCUCAGACGCAGAGAGAGACUCCCUCCAACUACCACUACUACUACUACUACUUCUCCUGCUGCAACUUCUACUUCUUCCAAAAAGUCACCAAAGAACAUCCCUCGGCCGGUCCCGGACUGGCUCCACGACUGCGUGGGGCCCAACAAGUCCUUUGACGAGAUCAGACAGCUCAUCAACGACCUCCGACUACAUUUUCUCUCUUUGGUCCAGAACAACCAGGAACCCUUCUUCCCUGACAUCGAGAUACUUCCAAACUUACGACGGUCAUCCAAAAAGCCAGCCAAACAAGACAAUUAA